CAAGAGGUCCCUGGAGGGAGACCUUUUGGACUUACGGACUUAGUUCCGUCAUUUUAAUUCGUUUUAACUGGGUUAUUGGUCGUUUUUAAUACCAUUUUCCCAACAGUUUGGCUUUUCGCAGGUCUAAUGUCCGCCUCAGACUGCGCCUCUGUGUCGAUACUAGUCUGACUCCUUUCCUCGUUUUUUAUCAAACCUUGAUCCUUGGACUCAAAGUUACGGUGUUUUUCACAGUUGUGAUACUGGAUUCGUUGCCGUGACAAACUUUUGUCAUUAUCUCGUGGUUUUGAUUUCAGAUAUGACGUCCGUGUGGCAAAGCUUCCUGUCGUGGUACAACGGCAUCCUGCAGAAUGGAGACAAAAGGACAGAUCCCUGGCUGCUGGUUUAUUCCCCCGUCCCAGUGGCCCUCAUCUUCCUGCUGUACCUCUGUGUGGUUUGGGUCGGUCCAAGACUCAUGAGACACAGGGAACCUAUUGACCUCAAAGUUGUCCUCAUUGUUUACAACUUUGUCAUGGUUGGCCUCUCUGCUUACAUGUUUUAUGAGUUCCUGGUUACUUCCUGGCUAUCUAACUAUAGCCUGCUUUGUCAACCUGUUGAUUAUAGCACAAACCCACUUGCAAUGAGGAUGGCCAGAGUGUGCUGGUGGUUUUUCUUCUCCAAAGUCAUAGAGCUUAGUGACACGAUAUUUUUCAUUCUGAGGAAAAAGAAUAACCAGCUGACGUUUCUUCAUGUCUACCACCAUGGCACCAUGAUCUUCAAUUGGUGGGCAGGGGUUAAGUAUGUAGCAGGAGGACAGUCUUUCUUUAUUGGUCUAGUCAACACCUUUGUGCACAUUGUCAUGUAUUCGUACUAUGGGCUCGCUGCCAUUGGCCCUCACAUGCAGAAGUAUCUCUGGUGGAAGAGAUACUUGACUUCCCUGCAGCUGACUCAGUUUGUCAUGUUUCUCUUGCACACGGGCUACAACCUCUUCACCGAGUGUGACUUUCCAGAUAGUAUGAACAUUGUGGUGUUUGGAUACUGCAUCACUCUCAUUAUCCUCUUCAGUAACUUCUAUUUCCAGAGCUAUGUCAACAGGAAGAAGCAGAAAUAAAACUGACAAAAGGACAA